UCGUAAAGUAGUCCGCUGAGUAGCACGUGCUCGUUCGUGGUCGUAUAAACAACAUGGCGGCUCGUAGACAGAAGGCGGGAGCAACUACUACCACAGCGUCUGAAGUAACUUCCGACUUUAAAAGCCCUGUAGAUGUUGAUUUGACGAAGAAGCUUUCGCCAUCAGACAUAUCUGUUUGGUGUCCAAGACCUUACACAAUAUUUAAACUGCUGUUGUCAGCUAGAUUCUGCUCUGCCUUCCUCAGUAAUAUAUCUGACUGUGAUGAAACAUUUAAUUACUGGGAACCAAUGCACUUCCUGAUGUUUGGAUCUGGUUUUCAAACCUGGGAGUAUUCACCCAAGUAUGCUAUUAGAUCCUAUGCUUACCUGCUUCUACACACUUUUCCUGGGAAGAUACAAAUAAAAAUAUUUGAAGCUAACAAGUUGCUGGUGUUCUACUUCCUACGAUUUGUUCUUUCAAUAGCAUGUGCUGCUUGUGAAACAUAUUUUUACAGGGGAAUAAUGAAACAAUUUGGCAACCAUGUUGCAAGGAUAGCCGUUGUUUUCUUGAUAUUUAGCACAGGGAUGUUUAUAUCUGCAGCUGCAUUCCUGCCAAGUACAUUUGCAAUGUACAUGGUUCUCUUGUCCUAUGGUGGAUGGUUUGCAGGAAAUUAUGCCGUUGCUGUUUUAGCAACAGCAGCUGGUGCACUCAUUGGCUGGCCAUUUAGUGCAAUUCUUGGGGUUCCUAUUGCGUGGGAUAUUUUAGUUCGUCAAAGAAGAAUAAUGUAUUUUGUGCAAUUAUGCCUUAUAUCACUUAUAGUAUUUUUGGGUCCACUAGUUUAUAUAGAUUCUUUUUUCUAUGGCAAGACAGUGAUUGCUCCUCUGGGUAUAGUCUUGUACAAUGUGUUUGGAAAAGGAGGUCCAAGUCUCUAUGGUGUAGAACCAUGGACAUUUUACUUCCUGAAUGGGUUUUUAAACUUCAACCUUGUAUUUCCCAUGGCACUCCUUGCUCUGCCAGCUUGCAUGUUUGUAAAGCUGGUGACAACACAGACACAGGAAAAAAAAUUCCCCUCCUCAGUGUUGCCUGUGUGGUUGUCAUUAUCAGGAAUGUACAUCUGGAUUUUAAUUUUCUUCACAAGGCCUCACAAGGAGGAGAGAUUUUUGUUCCCUAUUUACCCAUUCAUCUGUUUAUGUGGAGCUGUAACUCUGACAGAAGUACAGAAACUGUUCCAUAGCAUGUUCUUCAGUCACAGUAGGCAUCAUUACUCAGCCUCUUCAACGUGGUUUGCAGUUUUUAUCAGUGUUAUUUUCUCGCUGUUGGCUUUAUCAAGAUCAAGCGCAUUAUACUAUGGUGAGAUGCAACUGUCAUGGUCAUGUGUCUUUCUCAAACUCAUUAAUAAUUCAUCAAGUUUAAACAAAGGAAAUCAUGACCGAAUUCUUACGAUUGUCGUUGUACUUUACCCUAGAUGGUACCUGCAGUUUAUUCGUUCUGAGUUUCGUGGUCAGUUACCAAAGCCUUACAGUGAAGGAAGCAAUGCCACAAGAAUUAUUCCUACACACAUGAACGACAUGAAUAAAGAAGAGACUACAAGAUAUAUAUCUAUCACAAAAUGCGACUUCCUUGUGGAUUUAGAGACACAGAGAGAAACCGAACGUGAACCAAACUUUGUUAAACGAACGAAAGACUGGGAAGUGGUGCUUAAAAAGCCAUUUCUAGAUGCAGAAAGAUCUCACCGACUUUUCAGAGCGUAUUACAUUCCCUUCGUGUCCCACCACUACACAAAGUAUAUAAAUUAUGUCUUACUGAGAUCACUGAGGAAGACGAGCUCAAAAGCAAAGAAAGGGAAAGAGAAAAAACAUGUUACAAGCGGGCAAGAAACUAAGAUGUAACCGACAGUGUAAAUAACAACUAAAAUAUCGCGCUCUUGUUUUGUUCUCAGUUAUACAUAUAAAAGUUUGUUUUACACGAUGUCCCGAACUUUUUCCGACGAAUAUGAUAAUCUUCGUGAUAUGUCGUGCUGCGCUCGGCUUUUUUCCGAUAAGUCCCGGUCGGCGAAGAUGCUUUAACAUUCCAAGGACCUUGCGGAUGCUCAGAGCAAAUCUUAACUAAGAGUAAAUUUUUCAAGCUUGAUGACCUGCAGGAAAACCGGUCGUCUAUGUUCCUUACCUCUUUGUUGGGCUUCUUCACCAACGUAAACCUUAAUCUUUCGAUUUGAAAGUAAUCUUGUCGCUCGCAAAAUUACAACGACAAAGUGUCAUGAAUUGCUGUCCGUUAUUUUUUCGUUUGCGCCUAUUUAGUAUCAAGUGCGGCAUGUAACGCCGGCAGCCAAAACGCGGGGUGUUUACCUGAAAAUAUUCCCAAGCGAUGACAGCAAUUUUAAAGUUAAACGUUUUCGUUCAAGCGUUCAGUUCUCGUUCAAAAUUCAUUGUUCAACUGAAAAGAACUGAAUGGUUUGAACAGACUAGUAUACUAUAAUAUUUGAUAGCUUUGCAGAUAAAUUCAAAACAAAGCGACCUUUUGUACAAAUAUUUCAGAUAUAUUUCUCUCAACAUCCUCCUUGAAAAACGAACUGAUUUAAGUUUGAGCAUGUCCAUUGUACAUAGCUUCCACGAGAAACACAAUCUCGUUCCUAGAGUCUUCGUUCCCCUUGACCAGCGGUAGGAAAACGAGAGCACUGGGAGCAACCAUUUUGAAAUAACCGAAUUCUGGUGAUUCUGCCCAUCCGGUUUCACUGCGCAGUCUGCAUCUAUGGCGCAUGCCCGAAAUGGUUGCUCUCAGAGAUCUCGUUUCUCGACCGCUGGUCAAGGGGAACGAAGACUCUGGGAACGAGAUUGCGAGAAACAGAAACUGAACUGAAAGCAUAAAUUUGUAGAUAACUGGAUGGGAAACUCGUAAGGCCAGUAAGGGGUGCCAGCCAUUACCCAACACUGUUAGCAUAACCAAGGGAAAAAUUUUGGUUUAGAUAUUCUUUUUUCACAAUUCCAAGCAAUCUCUAAAGUAAGGAAAAUGCAAAAGAGGGUUAAAAGGUAGCACUGGUGUAAUAUUUCAUCUCUUUUUCAAACUUUUGAGUCUUCUUGUAGCUUCCCUCUCACAACUGUUUUCUUCUCGGAACAGAUAGUGACUGCGGAUAAAUAACGGUACCGUUUAUUCUCUCACGCCAAGUCAAGGAUACUGCUUACUAGCUGUUUUAAGUACGUUUAGGUACAAAUACAAUAAAUUAGCAGCAGCACAUUAAAUCCAUUUUAUUUUCGACGUUCUGUUCUAAAGAGUAUCUAUGACACAUAUAAUAAUAUUUUAAAAAUAGUUUUGAAUUGACAACGACAUCAAUCUGGGCAACCAAAUAAAUAUAUCUAUUAUAUUUUUAAUUUACAACUUUGAUGUUUAAAUGUAUCAUAUAUCUUUACUCUUUCUGUGCAAAGACAAUACUUUAUCUCUGAAAUAUACUAAUAAAUUAUUUUGAUAACUUACUCUUAUAUGUAAGUACAUUAACUAUACUAUCUCCCUAUUUUCUUUCUUCCUCACAAAACACCAUCAACGGUAGUGAAUGACUGUAUAAUAAAAUCGUACUUUGUGUACAUACGAAUUCGUGUUGUUUAAACUUUCUCUCGUACUGUCUCUGAGUAUGUAGUUCACGAAGACAAAAGAUACAAUAGAAAUUUUAACGUCCGAAAUUUUUUGCAAGUAUUGUAUGUUAUCUACUACAGUCGAACCUCGAUUAUUUGGACUCGUUGGGACUAGACCAAAUACUCCGGAUAAUCGAGGGUCCGGAUAAUCGAAAAUAUGAAUGUCAAUGACGAACAAAACUGUUUAAGUAAAGCAAUAUUUAAUCGUGAAACAACACUUUUACAAAUCGUUUGGAAAACAAUAUGGUCUACUUUGUAUCUUGAACCGCUCAACUCUUGGCUAAUCAGAACUCAUUCGAGUGUUCUUCAUUAGCUGCUUUUGCUCUUUAAAAGCAAAACAAACUCGUUUUCGACUG